AUGUCGGUGCAUUUUCCCUCUUCAUCUGAGUCUAUUUCCAGAAGGCGCUUCACUCAUGCCCGUCGCGUUCCCAGCGACAGGUCCUUGAACCGGCACAUGGCUUGUGUUGGAGAAGACUUCUCCUCCGACGCGGUCACAUUUUGCUCGUCUGUAACCAGCACCUAUACCACCGUUACAUUUACUCCACCCGCGCGCAAAGUACGACAUUCAGAUGCGGCCGACUUCUUUCCCGCGUCGGCGCGAAUCGAUCGGAUAGCUGAGCAUGAGGAGGUCAAGGCCGCCGCAGGGGUGGACAAGAAACCGAAGAAGAGUUUCUCAAAGACACUGCUGAAGAAGGUGCGAAGUCUUGUGCAUAAUCGCACUUCGCGGAAUAAUGCGAAGGAAUUUUUGGGACUGGACAAAGAGGUCGAACGCCCUUCAUUUUUGGCCUCAACUGAAAAUUCCUCAAAUCCUACCGCCACUGCUUCACUUCAUCGAUCCCGACGCACGAUCAGACCCAUUCCGAGUGUCGCUACGAUUGCUGCCCCCCGCUUUGCACACUCGCUCCACAAUACCGCCAACACAAGCAUUCCUGGGGCUCGUGAACCUCGUGCCCGAGUCGUACGCCGUUCCCGAUCCUUCAACGAUGCGGAGUGUUCUUCCCUUGCAGCUUGCAUUGCUUUGGAUGAAGCCGUCCGCGACCUGAUGGCCCGUGAGAUGGCUGAAAAUCAGCAACACCGGAAUAGUAACGGCGUUGAUGAUCUGGCAAGCCCUGGUCUAAGUAGCCUGAGCGAGUAUGUGACUGACGAUGAAGAGACACUGCAGAAUCACGAGGGUCCGGAAGAUGGUGCUUGGAUCUUGGAGAAUCUAAUGGACCUUUUGAAGAUGGAAAACGACGAGAUAGCGGCGUUAGUAGCAGAAGAUGAUUAG